AUGCUACAUCCAAAGGACAAGUCGAUCAUCGGUACUAAAUGGGUAUUCAAGAAUAAGAAGGAUGAAGAUGGUGUCGUAAUUCGAAACAAGGCAAGACUGGUGGGGAAGGGAAACAAUCAAGAGGAAGGUGUGGAAUGCGAUGAGACUUUUGCACCAUUAGCAAGAAUUGAAGCAAUCCAAAUGUUCUUGGCAUAUAUGACCCGUAAAAACUUCACGGUCUAUCAAAUGGAGGUGAAAACCGCCAUCCGCUAUGGAGUUUUGAAGAAAAUAGUGUAUUGUCUCGCAACCCGAUGGAUUCGUGAACGCCUUAAAACCAGAUCACGCAUACAUCUUGGACAAAGCUCUCUAUGGUCUGAAACAAGCUGCACGUGCCUGACUCCGAUGAAACCUGGUUCUAAGCUCAACUUUGAUCCUAAUGGAAUAAGUAUUGAUCCGAAAACCUAUAGGGGAAUGUUAGGCUCUUUAAUGUAUUUAACGACUAGUAGACCAUAUAUUAUGAUUUCAACAUGUUUCUGUGCUAGAUUCCAAGCUAAACCUAAGGAAUCCCAUUUACUUGCGGCAAAACGCAUCUUGCGAUAUCUAAAAGGUAGAACUGAUCUUGGCUUGUGGUAUCCUAAGGAAACAGGUUAUGAGCUGACUGCCUAUUUCGACGUUGAUCAUGUUGGAUGCAAGUUGGAUCGCGAGAGCACAUCUGGACAUGUCCAAUUCAUGGGAGAUUAA